AUGGCCUGUGAUUUGCUUACUGUUCUGUGGACAACAGUACCUCUGUUCUGGAUGGUUUUAACGGCCAAUGGACAUUCACAAUUUUGUCAACUCUACGAUGAAACUAGCGAACUUUUGACUUCGACAAUUACUUUGUCAACUUCAGAAUGCAGCUUUAAUUGUGGAACCACUCCAACUUGUUCGAAAUUUAGUGUUUGCAAAAAUAUGCAUUCAGAGAACUGUACGGAGUAUAUGACGGUUUCUAAAACUAGCUGCGGACAUUCAGUGUCAAAUGUCGUUUGUAUACUUUAUACCAAGGGAAAGGACACAGAAUCUCAACCGACAACUGUACAGACAACAUCUACCAUUGUUGAAUCAACAUCUGAAAUUCAAACCACAAAGAGUACCACUGAAUCAACAACUGAGAACCCAACGACUGCUAUUACAACAACCACAACAGAAAGUACAACAGCAACACAACCAACAACAACUCAAUCAACAACAACAACAUCUACAUCAGCAACAACAACAACCUCAGCAACGACAACUACAACAGCAACGACAACUACAGAGGACCCAAUGUGUGCUGCUUUUCCAGAAUUAUGUCAGUAAAUUUAGAUUUCCAUGUGUGAAAUUGUUAAAACGCAACCAGAAAUACAGCAAAGACCAUAUGGACACCUGUGUUUAAAUUAAAUAGUGUCGUUGAGAGAUAUUUUUGAAUGGUUAACGUGGAUAACUGAAGUCUUACAUGUUAACGCUGU